AAUAUUCAAACCAGUGGUGAAAUAUCCGUCCAUGGAAAUAAGUGUUAACUGCACAGUCAGAAUUCUAAUCGCAGUGCCCUCAUUUUCUUUUUUUUGAGAAAAGGCUGAAGGGACAGGAGGGAGGAGUUUAGGAAACACAGAUUGUAUGUGGGCAAGCCUUAAUUGACUGGGGUGAUUUGCAUUCACUGAGUUGUUGGAAGGGGUUUUACUGCUGUAAUCGGAGACGGUGAAGCGGGGAGGAGGGGAAACCAUCCCAAAAGCAAGGAGAGGUCGGCAGAAGAGGGAAAAGGAAUUAGCUGCAACCCCGGAAAAGAGGUGGGGGAACGCCAUGGCACAAGUGGACAUGGAACAACUGAGGAGCAGAGGUGCUGGCAAAGCCAUCGCGGUACUAACCAGCGGAGGAGAUGCACAAGGUAUGAAUGCUGCAGUGCGUGCAGUGGUACGGAUGGGGAUCUAUGUGGGAGCUGAUGUUUAUUUUGUGUAUGAGGGUUACGAGGGGCUCGUUGGUGGUGCAGAGCAUUUGAAGUUGGCAGACUGGGACAGUGUUUCAAAUAUCAUCCAACUGGGUGGAACAAUCAUUGGCAGUGCCCGAUGCAAGAGUUUCCGCACGCGUGAGGGUCGCCAGGCAGCAGCUUACAACCUGGUGCAGAAUGGCAUCAACAACCUGUGUGUGAUAGGAGGAGAUGGCAGUCUCACUGGGGCCAAUAUCUUCCGGACAGAGUGGAGUGACCUGCUUGCAAGUCUUGUGGAAGAGGGUAAAAUCACAGAAGAGGUUUCCCAGCAGUAUUCUCACCUGAACAUCGUUGGGAUGGUGGGAUCGAUUGACAAUGACUUCUGUGGGACAGACAUGACUAUCGGUACAGACUCUGCCCUCCACCGAAUUAUGGAAGUGAUUGAUGCCAUAACCACUACGGCACAGAGUCACCAGAGAACGUUUGUGCUUGAAGUCAUGGGCAGGCACUGUGGGUACCUGGCACUGGUGUCUGCACUGGCUUCUGGUGCUGACUGGCUCUUUAUUCCAGAGGCACCUCCAGAGGAUGGCUGGGAGGACAUCAUGUGCAAGAGACUUGGAGAAAGUCGCAGCAGAGGUUCCAGGCUGAACAUCAUCAUCCUUGCAGAGGGAGCAAUUGACCGGCAAGGAAAUCCAAUCAGCUCCAACUAUGUGAAAGAGCUCGUUUCCAAACGUCUUGGAUUUGAUACACGCGUCACAGUCCUGGGACACGUGCAGCGAGGGGGCACGCCCUCAGCUUUCGAUCGAAUUCUGAGCAGCAAGAUGGGAAUGGAAGCUGUACUCACGCUCCUGGAUGCCUCGCCUGAGACGUCAUCCUGUGUCGUCAGCCUCUCCGGUAACCAGGCCUUACGGCUGCCACUGAUGGAGUGUGUGCAGCUGACCAAAGACGUUCAGAAGGCAAUGGACGAGAAGAGGUUUGACGAGGCCAUCGUUCUUCGUGGCAGGAGCUUCGAGAAUAACUGGAAUAUCUACAAGCUGCUGGCUCACCAGAAACCUGCUCAGACCAAGAGUAACUUCAACUUUGCCAUCGUGAACAUUGGAGCUCCAGCUGCAGGGAUGAACGCAGCAGUGCGUUCUGCGGUUCGAGUCGGCCUCUCGUCGGGCCACGUUGUCUACACUGUCGCCGAUGGGCUGGAAGGCUUUGCUGCAGGCCAGAUUAAGGAAAUGAGAUGGUGUGAUGUUGGAGGCUGGACUGGACAAGGUGGCUCACUGCUGGGUACGAAACGGACGCUCCCCGAGAAGUGCAUGGAGCAGCUGGUGAAACAGAUCCGGCAGCACCGGAUCCACGCUCUCCUCAUUAUCGGUGGGUUUGAGGCGUUCGUGGCGGCCUUGCAGCUGACCGAGGGGCGGGAACGCUACGAAGAGCUCUGCAUCCCCAUGUGCGUCAUCCCGGCAACCAUCAGCAACAACGUGCCAGGCACUGACUUCAGCCUUGGCUGUGAUACCGCAGUCAAUGCAGCUAUGGAAACCUGUGACCGCAUUAAGCAGUCCGCAUCGGGAACCAAGCGCCGAGUCUUCAUCGUGGAGACCAUGGGAGGUUACUGUGGCUACCUGGCCUCGGCAACAGCGUUAGCUGUCGGGGCUGAUGCUGCCUACAUCUACGAAGACCCCAUUAACAUUCAUGACUUGACGGCCAAUGUGGAGCAUCUAACUGGGAAGAUGAAGACGACCAUCCAGCGAGGGCUUGUCUUGAGAAACGAGAAGUGUCACCAAUAUUACACCACUGAGUUCUUGUACAACCUGUACUCUGCUGAGGGAAAGGGUGUGUUUGACUGUCGCACCAAUGUGCUGGGCCAUAUGCAGCAGGGCGGUUCACCGACACCCUUCGACAGGAACUUUGGGACGAAGCUGGGCGUCAAGGCUGUGCAGUGGCUGACGGAGAAACUCCUGGAGUGCUACAGGAAAGGACAAGUCUUCGCCAACUCUCCUGAGACAGCCUGUGUCCUGGGAAUGAACAGGAAGGCCUUGGUCUUCCGACCUGUGACCGAGCUGAAGGCAGAGACGGAUUUUGAGCACCGCAUGCCAAAGGAGCAGUGGUGGCUGAGGGUACGGCCCCUCCUGAAGAUGUUGGCCAAGUACCAGACCCGCUUCGAUAACUACAUCACGGGCAAGGUCGAGCACGUCAACAGGCGCAGUCUAAGCGUCGAGUCUGGUUUCUGAGUUCAACAGCAGGAGCGAGACUUAAAAGAAAAAGGCGGCCGCUUGGACCGAUCUCCCCGUCACCGCGUUUUAAACACCGUUAGCAUGAAUUGACCGUGAAGUAGCGUUUCAAAAAAAAAACACGGCUUGCAUUGAGACAGCACCUGUUCCGUAGAAUAAUAACCACCCACCCCCGUACUUCCGGGUGUGUCGCAGGAGCUCAGUCCAGAAAGAGAGAGAGGAGUUUCCCAACACUUUUUUUCUGGACCCCAAAAGGGUCAGGUUUAAUUCAAGUGAAAAGACUGGAUUCAGGCCUGUGAGAAAGUUAGUGCUUUCCAUUCGCUUCAGCUACAGUCCCCUCCCCAGACCCUGAGCUGCUCUGGAGCAUUUUGUGGCUGCCCCACUCCAUAUUAUCUAUCUCUUACAACCUCCAUAUUUCCUGACUCUGUCUCGCCCUCUCUGUUUGCCCCCCUCCGCCCUUCCCUCUCCCCCCUCCUCGGCCGCCACCCUGCAGCUGUCCCUGCCUCUGGCCGUUCCUCACCACUCCUCGCUGCUACUGACACUAUACAGGAGUUUGGUACAAAGAUAACACGGACUUCCUAGGCUAUCAUGUGCCGCAGCCAGAGAGCUCGCUGUCCCUCCAUCCUGUUCCAGGCAUUGCUUUCUGCUUUGAUUUUUUUUACUUGACUCGUCUGUGGCGUGUGCAACUUCGCGGGUUGUUUUAUCUCUUCUCCCCGCGCCCCCCCCCCCCCAACCCCUCCGCUCGACACAGUAACUCGCGAUUUUAGCCCGAGGCUGGGGAAGGAGUUGAGUGACCAUAGGGUUCCUCCGUGGAAAGGCUGCUCGCCGCGAUCGUGUGAAUUUGCAAUCGAGCGGCAGCAGCGGCGCUGAAAACGAUCCCGUGUUAAAUCCUCCCGCUGUCCGCCCUUAACGCUCGCCCUAAUAGCAACUGAGAGUAGCUGGAUUAGAGCAGCUGCCUCCCCAGUCACUCCGAGGAAAUGUAGCUAAUUCCCAUUUCUAAAUGCAACAGAGUGUCGUCGUGUUAAAUCGUACACUGUGUGUUUGUGUUGUCUCUGAUGCUGAACUAUCCUCAGCACUUCAAGUCACCCUGGCCAUGCUUCAACUUGAGUAGCUCCUGAAAUGAAGCCCCUUGACACAACUUUUUUUCGCAUAUAUUCUGAUAAAUGUCCUUUUUAAAAAAUAGAAUUGAGAUACCAUGGCUUCUCUUGAUUUCAAUGAGUCCCUUCCCCCGCCCUUGGGAUCCUGAAAUUUUUCACGAUUUGUUUUAAUAUAGAGAGGAUUCGAGUUUUUGAAAGAAAAAAGCUUAAGCAGGGCUAUCUUCAGAUGAUCAUUUACAGAGGAUGGAAACAGCUAUUAUUCUUAUAAGUAUGUAGUAAGACUUUGUGUGUGUGUGUGUGUCUAUUUUAAACGAGGAUUCGGCCAGCAUACAUUCAAGGACGACAGACUGUUCCUUUUAAACAUUUCGACUGUAUUCUCUAAUCAUGUGACCACUGCAGCAAAUCAUGUGAUGUGGCGAAACUCUGAGAGGACACAAGGUCAAUGAGAUGUGACAAUACCAGGCGGUUUACUGCAUUGCACAUUCAAGCCAGGCUGAGGUACUAGGUCUCCUUCACUAGCUGGUAAGAGACAUGCUGCCUACAGAAGGGCCAAUGUGGCCCGUUUGCUGGCACAUGGCUCGGGGGCCAGACAACUCCACGUCUGGGAGGUCGUAAGGCUGCCAGGGAACAGUGAAAGGAUGCCCGAGUCAACAUGAACGCAUUCAGCCGUUUUGAAGUUUCGAAGAGGUGACGAGCACGGUUUUUAGCGCCGAGAGCAAGCUUUUGCUGGCCAGUUAAGUGUGCCCCUUGCAAUGUGUCCGUGGACUGUGCGUGCGUGUAUAUAACAAACUGUGUACUGUCAAUGAGUUGUGACCUGAAUUAGAUUUAAAUUGUGUUGCGUGUGAUUAAAUUUGUACUGUGCAAUGGCUUUGAUUGCUCA